AUGCAAGACUGUGCUGAUAGAGGGGUCCAUCUUGGAUUCGAUGAUACUAGAGAUUACAACCAUGCAACAGAUAAUCAAUAUAAACAACUACGUGCUAAAGCUGACGAAUUAUACAAAAAGAAAAACCAGCUCUCCCAACAGUCGCAACAUGCCUACCAAGCUGGAGACAAGCUGAAAGCUCAUGAUUUGAGUGAACAGGCGAAGAAAAUCUUAUCACAAGCUGAGAACUAUAACAGACAGGCCGCAGAAUAUGUAUUUCGUGAAAACAAUGCUGAUAGUGCUGAAGAUGAAAUUGACUUGCAUGGAUUAUACGUUAAAGAAGCCGAGUUUUUCUUGCAAAACAGAAUCGCUGCUGCUAUUAAGACCAACCAAUCUCAUUUGAGAGUUAUUGUGGGUAAAGGGUUACAUUCAGCCAACGGGAUUGCCAAAUUGAAACCAGCUAUCGAACAAAUGUGUACCGAAUGUAACUUGAGUCAUAGAAUCGACCCAAAAAACACCGGUGUUAUGGUGAUCGACUUAACUAACACUCAAAAUAACCAAAUUCCAAACCACUGGGAUCUUGCUUACGGUGGUGGACAACCUCACCAAGGCUACCAAGGCACGUCUCAACUACAAUAUCAUCAACAAUCUCACCAGAACCAACAACACAACCAACAAUUUGGUAACAUUAAGACCGGUAACAAGCUUGCAGAUAUGUUAUUGAAAGCAUUCUGUAUGUGUAUCAAUAAAUAA